AUGCCAAUCACUGGAGUAUAUUUCAUCCCAUCAAACCCAGGCUCGCCUACAGCGCUGGCCACAGUGAUGGAAAGACUUCGUUCAACAUGUAACGCCACACCCAUUGACCGAUGGGUACUUGAGCAUAAGCUCCUGAGAGAUACUCCUUCCUGCCUCCCCCCUUCAUCAUACUCCCCACUCCCCCAACUACAGCCCCGAUUUAUGCAUUUUCUCACCUUAAGCCAUUUUCCCUCUCACUCGUUUGUGAAUAUCUCAGAUCGACCUGAUCCAGACCCAUGGGCGCCGGCCAAACAUCAUCCCACAUCUACAGGUAGCUCUAUUUCAACAGCACAACAAUUAAAUAUAAAUCCACGGGCAACCGCUGAAAAGCAUGGCUCGGGAGAACAUUCCUCGAAAGUAUCGCAGUCGUCAUCGUCAUGGACCAUGAUGACGAUUGAUACAGAGUCGUUUCAAUCCUUCUUUACGAUGACGUUGCGCAUCUGCGAACCUCUUUGGAGUCUUCGACAUACCAUGGUUGUUGCAGCUGGCAUAGUCUACGAUGCAGGGGAGUUUCGUGUGCGGCUGGGAGAUGUUCAGCAAAUUCAGCCUCUCAAGCGCACUCGAGGGUGUGUCAUUGAAAUUGAAUACCGCGACAAUAAAGGCUUACUUGCGCUAGCAAACGGUGACGCUGAAACGGCCUCGCUGGUUGGGGAUGGGUGGCCUGGGUUCUCAGAUGCCACCGUGGAGGAAGAUUUGGUCACGGAGGAGGACUGGGAGACGGGAGAGAAAAUAAUUCGGCAAUUUUGGAAACUCUUUGCGGUUGAUGGUGCGAGGGAGGCGAUUCGUGUUCCAGGACUGAUGACGGAGGCGAAGCGGGCGAAACAGAAUGGAGUGAAAAGGCUAACCGCGGGGGAUGCGGGGGCGUCUAAUGACGGAAUCGCCGGUGCGGAUUUGGCGAGGCAAUAUAUGGAGGUCUUGCGGUUAAAUCGGUGA